CACUUGUAUUUAGGAGCAUGCAAAUAUAUGUACGUUUGUCCGUCUGCACACAUAUACAACAAGAUGUGUAUAUGCAUACAUACAUAAUGUAAGAAUGUAUUUAACGAAUCCAUUGAACAUUCAAAUGAUUUUAAUUUUGCUCUCAUUUCACUGGUACUACACAAUCUUAAUUGUGUCUACCAUGAGAUACGAAGCAGGAGCUGGAGCUAUAGGCGCUUAAUUGAAAUUAAGAACGUCUGUUUGCUUUUAAAACGCAAAUACUGCUCGUUGGGAAAACACCACCGUAUUUGUCGAAAAGUACGCGGGAUUCAUUGUAGUGUUUCUGUUUAAGAAAAAAAUCGUGUGUGCAACUUGAUAAAGAGUGACUUGGAUACAUAUGUAUGUAUGUAUAUACAUAAGUAAAUAUUAAAGCCAUAAAAACUAUGCAGUGCAACCACCUGAAUAUUUUGAAAUUGUUUAAAUGAAGUAAUAAAAGUAAUUAAAAAAGCAAUUUAAAAAACAAAAAGAUUUACACAACUAUAUAAACAAGUAAAAUAGGCAGUGCAUUUUUUGGUGAAAGCAAGUUUUUUUAAUUAAAAUUAAAAUGUUUUCGAAGCUGUGGUUUCUUAUUUGCGCGACUCAACUUGUUAUCAUUAAGGGUACAUAUGACCCAGCUAAUUCGGGUAUCAAAACAAGAUCCUACCAUCGAGACUUGCCAAAUGCUGAACAACAAAAUCAGCAAUCUCCGCCGUACACAAACACACAUCCUCGCGACUCCAGGUUUAGCCCCAGUUAUGAUAAUACAAAUUACGGUGCCCCCUCAUUGAGGUUAUCACCACCCGAUUCUCACCAACACAUUGAUGAGCCGCGCAGGCAGCAACAACAGCAACAGCAGCAGCCUUCAUAUCAACACCAGCAGCAACAUUUAAACCCACAACAAGCUGAGUCUUAUCAGCAACGCGAGCAACCGAUAUUUAAUCGCCCAGCGCACGUGCGUCAUUCGCCGCCCUCAGAGCGACAAGUGGAGAGCGCUUGGAGUGGGACAGAGAACUCAAUAGGCGACCACAAUAGUGGUUGUCCGCCACAACACACUGGGCCAGUACCAUAUCCGUAUGAUUGUCGUCGUUUUGUAAACUGUUGGCAUGGUCGCGGCCACAUACAGAGUUGUGGCCCAGGUACAGUUUUUAAUCCUGAAACACUCGAAUGUGAUCGCCCUGAUAAGGUGGUAUGUGGCACACCGGGCGUGAAUGGAGUUAGCAGUGAGCUGAACGUGAGGCAAACAACGCUACAGACGGCGUCGAAUCCUAAUAAAUAUCGUGCAGGUCGACUCCUAGAUGUCAGCACAGGUAAUGUGGAUUCGCUUUGUCCUGCAGGCGUGAAUGGCUUGGCGCCGCAUCCAACAGAUUGUACGAAGUUUUUGAAUUGUGCUAAUGGUAAUACGCAUGUACAAAACUGUGGACCCGGCACUGCUUACAGCAUUUCAAUGAAGACGUGUGAUUUCAAGGAGAAAGUGGAUUGCAGUGGUCGGGAGAAUGGUGGAAAUGGGGCAUUGAAUAGUCGAGAUGGACGUCAGUAUGAAAAUAACAACUAUGACAAUACCAGAGAUGAGGAGAACGGCUCGACCGCUAACCAAGAAAGCGAUAUUUUCUGCCCACCAGGCGUAAUUGGCCUCUUUCCACAUCCAUUCGACUAUACGAGAUUCCUGAACUGUAAACUCGGUAAUACGGCCAUACAAAACUGUAUGCCUGGGUCAGUGUACAGCAUAUCGAGGAAUUACUGUGAUCUCAAAGAAAAAACGCCCAACACCGAUCACGUCGAUUACGUCAUAUCUGAAGUGCAACAAUUGCCUUCGACGAUGGUCAGUUGUCCACCGAGCACGGAUGGCAAUCAUUUAUAUCCAUAUGAUUCUACAAAGUUUAUAACUUGCCGACAAGGACGCAUGUCGAUUGACAAAUGCGGGUCGCAUAAGGUUUUCAGUAUAUCAGCGCAGACAUGUCGCCCGGAAAGUGAAGUGACUAUUGGCGAUCGUGUGCGCAAUGCAGUGGCAGCCAAUUCGAAUGCCGAAAUCAGAGAUUCGCGGAACUACGUAGAUCAGCCGCUCGAUUGCCCUCAAGGUCAAUCUGGUUUAUAUCCACAUCCUUUUGAUUGUAGAAAAUUUAUGCUAUGCCGCAAUGGAAAGUUGAGUGUAGAAAGUUGCAAAACGGGCAACGUUUUCAGUUUGUCUGCCAAACAUUGUGAUCCCAAGGAACUUGUCAACGUCAAUGAACAAGUUCAAUUUCAGCUUGACGUUGGCCAAGAUAGGGUCUCUGAAUCGGAUUACAAUUACAUCAAUUCAAAUCGAGAAGCAGUUAAAUUGAUUUGUCCCCAAAAUAUGGAUGGGCUUUUCUUACAUCCGUUCGAUUGUACCAAAUAUCUUAGCUGCCAUAAUGGGCAAAGUCAAGUAGGAAGUUGUCCGCCGGGUAAAGUAUUCAGCAUAUCGCGCAGGCAAUGUAUAAAUCGCAAUCAAGUAGAUGCAUACGAUCGUGUGGAAUAUCUAAGUGAGGUUAAACAUGAAUUCUCAACAGAAUUGAGUCAAGGUAAUAAUAAUCAAUUGCUCGAGACAACAUGUCCUCCAGAUGCUAACAGUGUCUAUCCCUACCCUUACGAUAAUACGAAAUAUAUAAAAUGUAGCCGUGGGCAUGGAACUAUUGAAAAUUGUGUAAAGGGUAUGAUAUUUAGCACAACCCGAAGAUACUGCGACUAUGAGACGAAAGUAAACGAAUAUGAUCGUAACUGGCGGUCGGAUAAUGGAUAUGACAAUCACAAAGCAGGCGCUGACGUUCAGGAAGCUGGAGUAAUGAGUGAGAGAGAACCAAAAGAUGUGAGUGCAGACGCUGAUGUGGAAUGUCCACCUAAAGCGAUAGGCACAUAUCCGCAUCCGUAUGAUUGUAGGAAAUUCCUUGCAUGUUCGCAUGGCGUGACACAAGUUAAUGAGUGUGCUCCUGGCACGGCAUGGAGCGCAGAGAUGGAGGUUUGUGAUUUUGAAAAAAAUGUUAAUUGUAUGCAAGGCACAAAGUUACCUAAUACAGCAGCAAAUACGAUAAUUGAGAACAGGGUGGCAUGUCCGCCGAAUAUGCAAGGCCUCUUCUUGCAUCCAUUUAAUGCACAGCAUUUUGUGAAUUGCAAUAAUGGUGAGACGAUCAUACAAACCUGUCAGACGGGCAGCGUUUUUAGUAUUUCGCAGAGAAUGUGUCUAGCUGCAAGGGAAGUCACACCUGUGGAUCGCGUACAGUGCUCGCAAGAUUAUGCUACAGAUAUUCCCUCGUAUCAACACUACAUCGUUUGUCCAGCGCAAGCAGUUGGCUAUUUCGUUUAUCCCUUCGAUGGCCUGCUAUACAUAGAAUGCCUCGAUGGGCGAACGCUUAUUCAGAAUUGCGCACAAAAUACGGUAUUUAGCAUUUCCAACCAAAUUUGCAUACCCACUGACGAAGCAGAAAGCACAGACUACGUGUGGUUACGUUCGGACUGGCAGCAUAUAAAUCCUGGUUAUGCCACAUUUGAUCACAAAGUCGUCGAAUGGAGUGCUUUGGAUACGAACUCUGUUGGUGCUCACACACAGAGCUCGGUCGAUUCUACACAGUCUACAAUUUGCGCUGAAAGUGAAUCAGGUCUUUAUCCACAUCCAACUGAUUGCAAGAAAUACUUACGUUGCGCAAACGGCAUAAGCUAUGAGAUGGAUUGUGGUCCGGGUACUGCAUUUAAUGCCGCGCUUGAAGUUUGUGAUUUUGAGGAUAAAGUUGAUUGUUCCGGUCGUUUGGGCAUUGGUGAUUUGCAAGUUCGAAAUAGUCCAGCUGUAGCAUGUCCUGUUGGUGCUUCUGGCGUCUAUCCGCAUCCUUUGGAUUGCAAAAAGUUUCUUCAUUGUGAUAAUGACAUAGCAACUAUAAAAGAUUGCGGUCCCGGUACGGCUUGGAAUGUUAAAAUGGAAACAUGCGAUUUUAUGGCCAAUGUUGGCUGUGCAGACGGUGGUGUCCGUCAAGAGGACACGCCUGAAGAUAAUGGCGGUCAUGGCUAUGAUGCGAACACACAUUUCCAAGCACCUACACCACAAUCCAACAACAGGAAUCCCACACGUAAUGAAUGGAUACCGCAACCUAAUAGUGCUCCCUCACAUCAUAGAGGUACAUACGAUAGUCAUAGUUAUGGAGGCAUUCCAACAAUGCCAUCUUCCCGAACAAACACGCGUGGCGAUCGUUGGUUUAAUAUGGACAGACAGCGCCCAGUGCCACACGACGACACACGUUUUAUACCCGAAGGUACCUACAAUCCAGAUUAUGAUCGACAGCAACGGCUACCCGUUUACGGCAAAGACUUGCGACACAAUAACGGUCCAGCGAGUUGGGCCGGCACGUCUGCUGCACUUGAUCGCCAAACGCCCACGCAAAGUGUCAUCUAUGAAGAGGGAUCGCUAGAACCAAAUCGUAAUUAUAAUACAAUCCAAACUUAUACAACCCCCUUAGCACCUUUCAACUCAGCUGACUCCUUGCCAGCCGCAUCCGUUAAUAGGAAUGUAUACGCAAAUGCGACCACAAACAUUUACUAUGCACAGCCUGUUGGUUCCGAAGAAAACUCAGAUGAGGUCUUUGACUCCAAUGCUGAUUCGCAACCGUCUGCGCGAACGCCCCUCGAUCGCAAUGAUAACAAGUGGAUUCCAAUACCGAAUCAAGUGCUUCUACCACCAAAACGCACCACUGAGCAACAAAGCGUUUUGCAGGUUUCUGCACCAGCAAACUCCUAUGCACCAGCAACUCAUGUUACACCCCCAUCGAGACGCGCAUAUAAUCCGCCUACAACAGUGUCUCAAAAUGCCAUUGAAGCCUCUAAUCUUUAUGGUGGCUUGCAACCACCACCACCACCGCCCACAACUGCCCAAACUCCUUACUCCAUCGUUUCAAUUCGAAAUCAAAAUUCACCACCGGCACCCGUCAAUCCCACGCAGUCUUCGCCGCCGCCACGUCCCACUGGCAGAUCGUUAGUAGAUUCAUUUGAACCCAUACGUGGUUUUAGCACGAAUGUUGAUGGCAAACCCCAUUUACUGUCUUCACCUUCGAACACAAAUUUAUAUCAAACUGAAAUUUUGACCAGUACUCCUGCAAAUUACCUUCAACCUCCAACCGCACCUACCGCUGUCACAAAAACUCAUUCUGCCGGCACAACACGUUUAAAGCAAGUACAUCCCUUUCUAGAGAAUACAACUGUAGCAAUGUUCUCUAAAGAUCCCCACUACAGUGGUUCCUAUUCGAAUGUAGCACACGCAAGUCCGCCACAAUCUAUUGACCCGCAAGCUUAUCAGAGCGCCGAAAAUCUGCCAAUGGCUGAUGCCUUACGCUUACUUUUGCGUCCCUACUUCAAUCGAAGUGGCACGAUUUCGGAGGAUAGCGCUGAAAAGGCUGAGUCGCAUAUAAUGAAGCUUACAGCGGAACAGCCAUCUGUGCAUUCUGUUAUGAAUACAUUACCUCAUACAACUACCAACAAAUCCAAAGUUGGUGCCGAAAAUGAAAAGGAGGUUGAACUUAUACUUGCAGGUGAACAGCAUAGUUUGAGCACAAACCCAACUGAAAACAGCGUACACGGGUCACGUACAGAUAUUUAUUCGAAAAAUACAAAGCAAGAAUCUAAAAAUAAUCCUAAUUGGCAUAAUCGCGGUCACAAUCGGGAAUACCAUCGUACACAUCCAAAUUUAUUAAAUCCCUUUGAUGAGGUUGAUCAGUCAAGUCCUCAUCGCCACCACCACAAUCACAAUAGAGCAUUCCAUGAGCGGCAUCCUGAAAUGCCAAAUCCGUUCGCAACACCCGUUACGCUGCGUACUGUGCCUACAACUACGAAUAAUUUUGAUUUGACAAAUGCAAAUCCACCAAAUCCAUAUGCGGAGUCAACAACUCCUUUUAGUGUUCGACCUGAGAUAGAUUUGAGAGCAGGCCAGGAUGUGGAUUGCCAGUUUGAUUGUGGAAAUGGAAAAUGUGUGAAGUCCUUUGAGGUAUGCAACGGCAUUAACAAUUGUGGUAAUCGUAAGGAUGAAGAUAAUUGUAAACAUUUGGGCUAUGAGGUGCGUUUAGCUGGUGGCGAAAGUGCAAACAUGGGACGUGUUGAGGUUAAAAUUCUCGGAAAAUGGGGCUAUGUAUGCGAUGACAAAUUCGGGCUGCGUGAUGCAGAAGUGGUUUGUCGUGAGCUGGGCUUUAAACUGGGAGCCAGCGAAGUGCGCGGCUAUUCAUACUAUCCACCCACUGAGACGGAAGUAUCGUUCGUAAUGGAUGAAGUGGAUUGUCGCGGUGAUGAAUCUUCGUUGAGGGAAUGCAAUUUUAAAGGUUGGGGCGUCAGCAAUUGCGGACCAGACGAAGUGGUUGGCGUGGUUUGCAAAGUACCACAACUCAAAUGUCCCAACAACUAUUGGCUAUGCAGCACGUCACAAGAAUGCAUACCACCUGCCUUCGUUUGUGAUCAUACACCAGAUUGUGCCGAUAAGUCGGAUGAGAGCGAUAACGUUUGCAAUUCACCCGUCGAGUAUCGCCUGCAAGGUGGCCGCAGUCCGAGUGAAGGACGUCUCGAAGUUAGAUACCGUGGUGAGUGGGGAACUGUAUGCGACGAUGAUUUCGGCUUGAAAGAGGCUCAAGUUAUAUGUAAUUCUAUGGGUUUUUACGGAUUACCGACCAUUGCAAAGAAUGUAUACGGACCGGGCAGUGGCCCCAUUUGGUUGGAUCAGGUGUCUUGCUUUGGCAAUGAAACUUCAUUGGAGCAGUGCAAUCACUGGACUUGGGGCGAACAUAAUUGCAAUCACACCGAGGAUGUUGGUCUCAAAUGUACUGUGGGAGUUCAAUCACAGAAAGUGAGUACACCGCAAACAGAUAGGAACCAUGUAGACGGCAACGGGCGAAAAGAGUUAGAUGAUCCGCAACAAGAACUAGAAGAUAUUGGUCUAUUCUCCGAAUGGGAGCGCAAAAGCAAGGCGAUUGGCACGCAAAGGCGACGAUGCGGGCAAUUCAAAGACAAUCUGCUUGACGAAUAUGCCCACCCAGAAGAGCGAGUUGUAAAUGGCAGCCUAGCGAAACGUGGUCAUCACCCGUGGCAAGCAACAAUACGCACACGCGGCAGGGGUGGCAUAUCGAGCCAUUGGUGUGGCGCUGUGCUGAUUUCUUCGCGUCAUCUUCUCACCGCGGCGCAUUGUCUCGCUGGUUAUCCGAAGGGUGCUUAUCUGGUACGAUUGGGUGAUCAUUAUGCCAAUAUAGCUGAGGCUUCUGAAAUAGAUUCGUUCAUUGAAAAUUGGUAUGUGCACGAAAAAUUCCGCGACGCAACGCAUAUGAAUAACGACAUAGCGAUGAUUGUGCUGAAAACACCGGUCAAAUUCAAUGAUUAUAUACAACCGGUGUGCUUGCCGAGUAAGGAUGCCACUGUAACAGAGAAUCGCAAGUGCACAAUUUCCGGCUGGGGCUCUAUUAAAUCCGGUGUUUCAACUCCUUCUAAUAUUUUACGUGCCGCUGAAUUGCCUAUACUGUCCGAUGAUGUUUGUAAGCAGCCUCAUGUUUAUGGCGCCAGCUUGACUGAAGGCAUGUUCUGUGCCGGUUAUAUGGACGAGAGCGUGGAUGCUUGUGAUGGCGAUUCUGGUGGGCCGCUGAUUUGUCAUGACGAGGAUGGUGAAACACUGUAUGGCAUAAUUUCAUGGGGACAACACUGCGGCUACGCAAAUAAACCGGGCGUAUAUGUGCGCGUUGAAAAAUACGUGGAUUGGAUAAUGGACAAAAUUAAUUUUUCCAUACAAAAUGCUACAUAAUUAAGAAUGGACUUUUAACUCGAAAUGGAAAUUUAAUAUUUUUAUAAACAAUUUUUUAAUGUACAUACUAGAUACAUAGUGGUUUAAGUAGUGCUAGAAUUUGUAUCAGACGUAGAUAAAAUAAAGGGAAAUCUAACAAAGGUGCAGGGUCCAUUACAUGGCAUGGCAACGUUACAUUUACAAUA